AUGGGUCCUACCCCCCAUCUAUGGGUCUCAACCAGAACCUAUGAGUCUGCCCCACACAUCUGUGGGUCUGCCCCCCAGGUGCGCAGCCGGGCCGACGGCCACCUCUACGCCCUCAAACGGAGCCGUCGGCGUUUCCGGGGCCCCACGGAUCGGGAGCGACUCCUGGAGGAAGUGACCCAUAUGCGGCGUGUGGGGCAGCACCCCCACAUCCUACCCCUUCUGUGGGGCUGGGAGCAGCGAGGCCGCCUCUACCUUCUCACCCACUUCUGCCCCUGGGGGUCGCUGGGGGAGCUGUGGGGCAGACUUGGGGGGCAGGGGAUGGGGGAAUGGCGCUUGUGGGGCUACUUGUGGGACCUGCUGCUGGCCCUGCGGCACCUCCACGCCUGCCCCAUAGCGCACCUGGACCUCAAACCCGCCAACAUCCUCCUGACCCACGGUGGCUGCCGCCUGGCCGACUUCGGCACCGCUGUUGCCCCACGGCUGCCCUAUAGCAGCCCACAAGUGCCCCACAUUGACCCGUGGCCAACCCAGGGUGACCCACGACUGACCUGCACUGCCCCACAGAUGACCUGCAGCGACCCACAGCCGACCCAUGGCACUGCCAGUGCCCCAGAGCUGACCCAUAGCGACCCACAGCUGCCUCACACUGCCUCACAACCUACCUACACUGCCCCACAGCUGAGCCACGGUGCCUCACAGCCACCCCACACCUUCCAGCUCCGCAAUUAUGGGGCCGGUGACGCCCGUUAUGCGGCCCCUGAGGCACUUAUGGGGCAGGGGGGACCCCCCUCUGACAUCUUCAGCUUGGCCUUGACCAUCCUGGAGUUGGGGGGCAGCCAGCGUCUGCCGCCGUGGGGUGAGGGGUGGCAGGAGCUGCGGCGUGGGGGGCUGCCCCAGAGCGCAGCGCCAGGGCUGUCGGAGGAGCUGCGGAGGGUCCUGGGGGCCAUGAUGGAGCUGGACCCACAGCGUCGCCCCACGGCGGCUGAGCUGCUGACCUGGGGAGCAGUGAGAAGGGCUGGACGCUGGAGGGUCCUGACCCGUUGGGCCGACGCGGGGCUGCGCGGGAUGGAGGCCCUGGGGGAGGCAUUCCGGCUGGCCCUUUGGCGGCUAUGGGGCACGCUAUGGGGCACGUUAUGGGGCCCAGCCACCCCUCCCAGUUCCCCCCUACCCCACACACCCCACAGUAGCUCGGAGGAGGAGGACGACGACAAAGAUUCACAGAGGUCGCCCAGCCCCAUGGUGGGGCUGCGACGGGCCCUGACCUUCGAGGAGGAGGAAGAGGAGCCGCCCCAUGUCCUCCCCCAAUAAAGCUUAGUUACGGGUCUGAGCCCCACAUCUGCCCCCCAA